AUGCUGAACAGCUGCGAGGUCGCAGUCUUCCGUUCGGCCCGGUUCAAAGAUGCCAUUUUAUCGCGUAACGGUUGUGAGCGCCGAGGGGUGGACUGGAAGAACACACCGGUUCUGCUGACUGGCGAACUCUUCUCAACAGGACCAGAGUUUUCGAGAUAUGCUCAACAGACAGCAUCACCUUUGAUUAUUAUGAAACAUCUGAAUGCGGCUCUCAUCGUUGAGUAA